AAACAGUGAUAGUGACUAUGAGCUCAUUGAUGAUGAUACAACAGAGAUUUUUGUAAUGAAGCCUAAGCAUAACUGACCACAAGAUCAAGAUACUCAAAAUAUAGAGGAAGAAAAAGAAAUUUGUAAUAAAGAGAAGGCUAGUAAACUAAAAUAUUGACGUAAUAAAAAGAAUAAGAUUUCAAUAAUGUCUCUUAUACCAAAGAAAAAGAAAUAUCGUUCAAAAUCUUUAAACAAAUCUUCUCCUAAGAAAUUUCUGGGAAAAUGAAGGAAAGCACCUAAAAUUACAAAGAAGAGAAUCCCAAAGGAAAUUAAGGAAGCAUACAUUUCCAACCACUUUGAAUGCCUCCAAAAACCAGAGAGUAUUAAGAUAGCUUUACCUUCUGUGCGCCGUCUACAACCUGUCUUCACAAAAACCAAAAGUAGCUACCUACACUACCAGCAUCAAGAAUCAUCCUUCUGUCCCUCCAGCCAUUCCACACAUCCCUUGGCCCCCAAACCUUCUCUCCCAGCCACUCUCGGAAGAUCCAUGACUGAAUCCCUAAAGAACCUACAGAUGAGUUUGAAGUCACACUCUGUAGAAGCCCAGGCACCCAGAGGAGGGAUGGGAGAGGACAGAGGGGUGGGGCAGCAGUGGGGCAGGAGGGUGGGAGAGGACAAGUUUGUGAAGCUGCAGUUUCCUAUGGGGGUUGGAGGUAAUGAUCCUCAUUAUUUACUCAAAGCUAAGAGGAAUAUUGAAAGGUUUGCAAAACCAAAAUCGAUGUCUAUUAGGAAUUUGUCUCUAAACAAUUUGAUUGACAGAAAUAGAAGCGACAUAGAAUUACUAAACAGGUAUAUACUCAAGCCAAUCAAGCCUUCAAAGCAUCAUUCUGUCCGCAAAAGUAUCCACCAGAUCUACAAUCAAAUUCAAAAACAAAGAAGUCUCAGAAAAUCAAUUACGCUUCAAAACCCGUUACUAAUGAUUAACAUUGAUAAAAAGAAUUUUUAGAGGUAUCAAGAGGUUUUAUAAGUUAAGAAGUUUAUUGU